AUGGCUACGUCCAAUGACGCCGAAGUGACCCAGCACGGCUGGACGUCCAUUGCCCGUGACCCGCAGGUGGUUCUGUCUGGAAAGAGCAAUCUCCACGAACCGUCGUCGCUGCUCGUCAAGGACAUAUCCUUUCCCAGCGACGAUGCCCUCGUCGCCCAGGUCCAGACCUAUGCCAAGUCCAAGCUCGCACCGCAGACCUACAACCACUCCAUGCGCGUCUAUUACUUUGCUUCGGCCAUCCUCCAGCAGCAGUUCCCCAAAGAAAACGCGACGCUGUCGCGCGCCACGUUGGCCUUGACCGCGCUGCUGCACGACAUUGGCACCACCCACGACCACUUGCGCGCCACGCGCCUGUCGUUUGAAUUUUUCGGCGGCUACCUCGCCCUCGAUCUCGUCGGCAAGCAGCUGAACCCCGCCGCACCCCAGGCGCAGGCCGAGGCCGUCGCCGAAGCCAUCAUCCGCCACCAGGACCUGGGCACCACGGGCACAAUCACCUUUUUGGGCCAGCUCAUCCAGCUGGCCACCAUCUACGACAACAUGGGCGGCAACCCGGGCCUCGUCCACCCCGACACCAAGGUCGACGUCAACAAGCAGUUCCCGCGCAACGGCUGGAGCGCGUGCUUUGCCAAGACGAUCCGCGAGGAAAACGGGCUCAAGCCGUGGGCGCACACGACGGCGCUGGGCGAGGAGGCGUUCCCCGAGGGCGUCCUGCACAACAAGCUGAUGGCGGAGUUUGACUAG